CAAGUGGGUGCAUGCAACGGGCGACUCCGAGUUGACUCCGUCUAUUUUUCGAUUCAUCGCCAGCGUCAUCGCCAACGAGGCAUGUUUCUCAGAAGAAUCAUGACGGCCGCAGCAGAAACUAAGAAAGUGCCCAUCCCGGCAAGGGGCGUCGACCACCGUGGCAAGAUUGUCCUUGCGCCCAUGGUUCGAUCAGGCGAACUGCCCUCUCGACUCCUUGCGCUCAAGUAUGGUGCUGAUCUCGUAUGGGGCCCCGAGAUUGUUGACCGAGCCAUCAUCGGCACCACGAAGCGCAUCAACGAAACGACAAAGGUUGUCGAAUGGUUCCGCCUCGCCAACCACGGCAAAAAGGACCCUCCACCAGGCGCGAAGGAGAAUGUCGUCUUCGCUACUCUCCCCGACAAAGAAUCCAAGAGGCUCAUCUUCCAGAUGGGCACAUCCGACCCCGACCGCGCCGUCGAGGCCGCGAGGGUGGUUGCUACCGACGUUGACGGCAUCGAUGUGAAUGCUGGCUGCCCCAAGCCCUUCAGCACAAGUGGCGGCAUGGGUGCCGCUCUGCUUCGUACACCAGACAAGCUGUGCGCCAUUCUCGAAGCGCUUGUAAAGAACAUUCUGCCCGAGUACCAGAUUGGUAUCACUGUCAAGAUCCGAAUCCUGGAGACCGCCGCCGAGACGGAGACGCUCGUAAGGCGAUUGGUCGCAACUGGUAUCACUGGUCUUACAGUGCACUGCCGCACGACCCCAAUGCGCCCCCGCGAGAGAGCUAUUCGUGGCCAGCUGCGCAUGAUUGCUGACAUAUGCCGCGAGGCAGGUGUUGCCUGUCUCAUGAACGGUGACGUCGAAAGCCGGGAGGAGGGCAAAAAGCUGGCCGAAGAGUUUGGUGCUAAUGGUGCCAUGAUUGCGACGGCUGCUGAGAAGAACCCGAGCUGCUUCCAGACGACGGAACAGGGCGGCCUGCUACCCUGGAAAGAGGUUGUCACAGAAUAUAUCAAGACGGCCAUGGCUGUUGAAAACCGAUUCAGCAACACCAAGUACCUCCUGACCCAGAUGGUUCCGGGCAAGGAAGCUGCAUACCGACUGGUAACGCAGUGCAAGUCUUACAGCGAUCUGGUCAAGGCCCUCGAGUUGGAUGACCUGGUUGAGGCAGCGAAGGUCUGCGAUGUUGCUCGUGGUCUCGACCAACCACCACCUCCCAAGCAUGGUAAGAAAGGCCACAACAACCCCAGUGCCAUGGCAGCUGGUGGUAAGAUGCGAUCAAAGUCUGAGAAGAAGCAGAAGCCCCUCUCGGAACGUGGCUCGACCAAGACUGAGGUCAAGCCAGAGGCAGUUGCCGCCUAGGUCGUCGACCUCUAGGCGUACAUAAAACUUGGAAUUUAUUGGUUCAUUUUAUCGGGGCAUGGUCAAGACAGGCGUUUAUAGAAUUUUGAGUUUACAGGAAAAUUGGGGGGAAGAUAGCUGUCUCAGUUAGAACAGAGCAUGGCACCAUCACUGGUCACUGCGGGAGGCAAGCAAGAAAGUUCUCUACUUUUUGGUGUUUCGUUGAACAUAUAGAUAUGUCAUAAGAUGAGACAAAAUAAAAUAAAGUAAAAAAGUGUAAAGACUCUAUGUUUUUGAUCGUACAGCUCCCACCGCUAUUUCACCACCGCUACCUCUCUCUUCAACAGUCUAUUUUCCUUGUUGUACCCAACCCUCCACGGUUUCUCUGGCAUCUGUGACCUUUUCAUCGACGUAGCGUACGCCGAGCUGAGUGUGGACCUUGGCGAAGCUGACGCCCUUGAGCAAUCCAUCGCGGAUCUUAAGAUGCGUAUCAGCAACAGCAGGGAAGCGCUGCUCGUACUUCCAUGUGAGGUCCGAGACAUUGCGCAUCGUGACGGGGAGGACAGUCCAGCCAGCACCGACACCGAGGGCGAGCGGCGCCGUGGCACGCAGCAGGAUGUUGCUCCUGCGAGUGAUGAUGCUGCCGGCCAUGGCGGCAACCAAGACGUAGAUGGCGCCGGGCAUGAGCUUCUCGCCCGACUCGCGAGCAGGGGCUAGCGACGCGAGCGUCGACGUAAACGACUGCUCGAGGUUAAAGGCGCAGUCCAUGGUCUCGUUGACCUUGUCCUCGGCAGACACGGCGCAGCGGUACAAGAACAUGCGGGCCUUGCCAAUCUCGACGGCCAGGCGGUCGGUGGGUGUCGGGCCUCUGUUCUUCUUGACCUUUUCGACCUUGUCGACGAUCUCGUGCGCGGCCUUUUCGACGGCGCCGCUCGAAGGGGUAGGCGGCUGCAGCGUGGCGACGGUAGGAUCGGCCUCGAACUCGUCGUAGAUGGGCUUCCUCUG